AUGCAGGACCUUAAACUGACGGCCGUUGUUAUGGCCUGCUUCGCGCUGUUCCCAAGCUAUACGAAUGCUUUUUGGCGUCUUCCUUGCCGUGGAAGAUCUGGUCUCGCCCGACUGGACCCCAUUGUGGAGCCGGGUGAGAUCUCAGGUCACGCUCACGCGGUCCAUGGAGGUGGAAACUUUGGCAUGAGCUCGGAUCAGAGCUCGCUCCUCAGCGGUGAUUGCACCUCGUGCGCAGUGACCCAGGACAAGUCUGCUUACUGGGCUCCCGCUUUGUACUUCAUGCACACCAAUGGCACUACUAUCUUCUCUACUGGAGAGAACAUCAAGGCCUUCCCUGAUGACUUCCGCAUGCUGGCAGGUGACCCCUUCCUGCGCAACUUCAGCUGGCCCGUUCCCGACCCUCCCAAGUCCGAGUGGAGUGGUGACCAGGCCUCGCAGGCUGCUCUGCGCCAGAAGGCCAUUGGCUUCAACUGUCUGAACUAUAAGACUGCCGCUGAAGACUCCCUCCACCGCCACUUCUUGCCCGACAAGGCCUUCCUCGAUGAGCAUUGUACCGAUGGAAUCCGUAUCGAGUUGAUGUUCCCGUCCUGCUGGAAUGGCAAGGAUGCCGACUCCCCUGACCACAAGUCCCACGUCGCAUACCCGUCGCUUGUUAUGGAUGGUACUUGCCCCGAGGGUUUCGAAACUCGCCUGGUAUCGCUCUUCUACGAGACUAUUUGGGACACCUACGCAUUCAAGGACUACGACGGAUACUUCGCGCUGGCCAACGGUGACCCCACAGGAUUCGGAUACCACGGUGAUUUCAUGCAGGCCUGGGAUUCGGGUGUGCUGCAGGAGGCCAUCGAAACUUGCACCAGCGAGAGCGGUGUCAUUGACGAGUGCAAAGUCUUCAACAUCCAGACUGAAGAUGAGCAGCGUCAAUGCCAGUUCUCCAUCCCAUCCGAGAUCAAGGACGAAAACUGUGAAAUGCACCAUGGCGGAUUGCCUGGCGGCAUGCCUGUCGAGUGGGGUCCUGAGCCUGCCUCGAUGAAGCCGAAGCCCACCACCACCGACAAUGUGAUUUCGCUUCCCACUAUUUCCGUUGGUGGUAUCUCGAUCGACCCCAACACCGUGGUUCCCAAUCUCUCUAUUCCUUCUAUUCCUGAGGUCUCGGUUGAUCCCAACACCUUGGUUCGUGCGACUAGCACCGCCGAGGCUACCAGCACUGCCGAAGCUACUAGCACUGCCCAAACUACUAGCACUGCCCAAGCUACUAGCACUGCCCAAGCUACUACCACUUCCACUCCCACUUCCACCCCCACUUCGACACCCUCGCCAACCCCGACUCCUGUCACAUCUACGGUUGUUGAUCCUUUCACCGAAGAGAUCAUCUAUCUCGAACGCGAUGUUGUCGUCCUCUGUGAUGGAAAGGGUAACAAUUACUCGACUAGCUCUGGCGCCGUGCGAACUGUCUCCACUACCCGCAGCACCAUUAUGGAGACCUCUACGGCCGUUUCCUACGUGAAGAAGGACACUGUCCCGGAACCUGUGGAACCGGUGCAGGCUGCUGGCCAUGCCCGUAGACAUCUUCACCACCGUCACGGUCACAUGCACAACUAG